GGUCUCUCCUUUUAAAAGCGCCGCGCUAAAGACAUACCCCCGCCUUCUGGGUUCUGCCGCCUUCGCUGGCGAGGCCGAAGGUAAGAGUUUGGCCGAGCGCACACGACUCUUAGCCCCGGGGCUGCCCACCGAUUAUUUCCUAGAUAGCAGCCACUCUGCGUGCAGAGGAAGGGAGGAGAAAGGCGCGCACCUUGGAGGCAGCCAAGCUGCAGGUUGCUGCGGGCGGGAGUCAGAUGGGCUGGGACGGCCGCCAGGACCUCCGUUAAGGGCACGGUGCUCCGUGCUUUCCUUCUCACGCGGUGGUCUCUGCCCCCAAAUGACCCUGCGCUGGGCCGAAUCCCCGGAUGGCACCGACAGGGCUGGGGCCCAUUGGGAGGCUGGAAGAGCCGCGGCGGAGCCUGCUGAAGGGGAGCGCUUGGACUCUGCCCUGCGGGAGUUGAGAUGCGCGGGAUGGUAUUGGGGAAACAUGAGUGUUGCAGAAGCAAAGGAAAGAUUACAAGAUACAUCUGAAGGGACUUUCUUGGUCAGAGACAGCUCUCAUUCAGAGUAUUUACUUACUAUUUCAGUCAAAACCUCAGCAGGUCCUACCAACUUACGAAUAGAAUUUCAAGAUGGUAAAUUCUGUCUGGAUUCUGUUAUCUGUAUCCGAUCAAGACUCCAGCAGUUUGACAGUGUGGUUCACCUGAUUGAAUAUUAUGUCCUUAUGUGCAAGGGUAGAAGAAUGGUCUCUGACGUACCUUCCAAUGGAACAGUCCAUCUUUAUUUGAAUAAACCUCUCUAUCAUUCAGCUCUAUCUCUACAGCACCAGUGUAGAGUAGCAAUAAACAGAUACACAAAUGAAAUCCAGGAGCUUCCUUUACCAACAAGACUGAAGGAAUUCUUAAAAGAAUAUCGAUAUCAGGUAUAAGCAUCUACUCAGCCUCAUUUUAAGAAAACAGAUCCUGAAUACAAUUUGUAAGAAAUCAAAAUCUUCAGCUGCAUGAAAAUAUUGUGAAAAUAGUAAUGUGAAAAUAGUAAAGGUAUGUUAUUGUGUAUGUAUGUUUGUGUAAGUGGGGGGACUUGGAUUUAGUGUUCCACUGUCAAAACUGUUGUGCACAGUAAGCUCCCUGAUGCUUCUUUGGGAAGGCCAUUAUUUAAAGGUCAUUUUGAGAAAAGUAGCUGAGGGCAUGUGUACUGCGGUGGGAACAAGUGCAUACAAGAGGAAGGUUCACUGCUCUUUGACAUCUAUGCACUCAGUUUUUUCUUAACAUAAAUGAGGCAGUCCUGCAUCGUUAUGGGUCUACCACUUGAAUGGUUCUCUUAUAGAAAGCCAGCCUAUGAAAUAUUACUAAAUCCCAAUUCAAAGGAUGUGGUUGCCCUUCAAAAUCACUUCUGAAUAAUGUGGGCCAGUCAGUGAUACCGCAGGUACAUUAAAGUUAUCCAUGGUCCUCAUUCAGAAGGCAUAUUGCAAUCAGUACUGAAAGAUUAAGGAGGACUCACUGAUUCCUAGUGACCAUUUACAGUGGUAAUGCUUCCCUCAUAUCAGAAGGGCUAAGGGGAGGGUAGGCACCUGGAUUCCAUGCAGCAAAUGGCUAACAUCUCUGCAUUUAGGUCACUGUAACCUUUUUAUGAAGGUUACAAAGGGAACAUACAUUUUGAGCAAUAAAUUUCCAGCUAGCAUAAAAGACUGGCAUAGAAGAGGCUGGUGAGAUUCACUGUCUGGUGUUAGAUGAGUCUGAUGCUCCUGAUUAUGUAUUUUGCACAUUCUUAAUUAUAAUUUGCAUAUUAAUAAAUAGCAAGCUUUUAUUUUCCAAUA